AUGGGCAAGGAAAAGAUACAUAUCAACAUCGUCGUCAUCGGCCACGUCGAUUCAGGAAAGUCAACCACUACCGGACAUCUCAUCUACAAAUGUGGUGGUAUUGAUAAGAGAACCAUUGAGAAGUUCGAGAAGGAAGCCCAGGAGAUGGGUAAGGGAUCCUUCAAGUACGCUUGGGUACUCGACAAGCUGAAGGCUGAGCGUGAGCGUGGUAUUACCAUUGAUAUCGCUUUGUGGAAGUUCGAGACAGCCAAGUACUACAUCACCAUCAUUGAUGCUCCAGGACAUCGUGAUUUCAUCAAGAACAUGAUCACUGGAACAUCUCAGGCCGAUUGUGCUGUGCUUGUCGUUGCAUGCGGUACUGGAGAAUUCGAAGCUGGUAUCUCCAAGAAUGGGCAGACUCGUGAGCAUGCUCUGUUGGCGCAGACUCUGGGUGUAAAGCAACUCAUAGUUGCUUGCAACAAGAUGGACUCGACUGAGCCACCUUUCUCUGAGCCCCGUUUCAACGAGAUUACCACCGAAGUCUCUAACUUCAUCAAGAAGAUCGGUUACAACCCCAAGGCGGUCGCAUUUGUCCCCAUUUCUGGAUUCAACGGUGACAACAUGUUGGAGCCAUCACCAAACAUGCCGUGGUUCAAGGGAUGGAAUGUUGAGCGAAAGGAGGGUAAUGCUACUGGCAAGACGCUUCUUGAGGCUCUUGACUCUAUUGUUCCCCCACAGCGACCCACAGACAGGCCUCUUCGUCUCCCACUUCAGGAUGUGUACAAGAUCGGAGGUAUUGGAACUGUCCCAGUCGGACGAGUUGAGACUGGUAUUAUCAAGCCCGGUAUGGUAGUCACUUUCGCGCCCCAGAACGUCACCACUGAGGUGAAAUCCGUUGAAAUGCAUCACGAAUCCCUUCCCGAGGCUGGUCCCGGAGACAAUGUUAUCAUCAUGAACCACCCUGGACAGAUCGCCGCCGGUUACACGCCUGUUCUUGAUUGCCACACCGCCCACAUUGCUUGCAAAUUCAAUGAGCUAAAGGAGAAGGUCGAUCGCCGUACUGGUAAGAAGGUCGAAGACAACCCGAAGUUCCUCAAGUCUGGCGAUGCCGGAAUCGUCGAGCUGAUCCCCACAAAGCCACUCUGCGUCGAAUCCUUCACGGACUAUGCCCCUCUAGGACGUUUCGCUGUACGUGAUAUGAGACAGACCGUUGCGGUAGGAGUCAUCAAAUCCGUUGAUAAGACUGAAGCCGCUGGAGGAAAAGUUACGAAGGCUGCACAGAAGGCUGGAGUUGGAGCUAAGAAGAAGUAA